UGCAGCCGGCCGGGAGGUCCGCACGCCUCGCCUGAAGAAGCCAGAUGCCUUCUGUAUCAAAUAUGAAUGACCUGCUGAAGGUGCCUCUGGUGCACAUCCUCACCCUGGCAGCCCUCGUCUUGGCCGACACGCUCCCAAAAGCUCCCUUGAUCAGCACUCCUCUGGAAACUGUGGAUGCGCUGGUAGAGGACGUCGCCAAGUUUGUCUGUGUAGUGGAGUCGUACCCUGAGCCAGAGAUUACGUGGACGCGCAACAGCAUUCCCAUCAGGCUGUUCGACACCAGGUACAGCAUACAGAGAAAUGGGCAGCUCCUGACCAUUUUGAGUGUGGAGGACAGUGAUGAUGGGGUGUACUGCUGCACGGCGGAUAAUGGGGUUGGAGCAGCUGCGCAGAGCUGUGGGGCUCUCCAAGUGAAAAUGCGACCCAAAAUAACCCGACCACCUAUAAAUGUGGAAAUAAUAGAAGGGUUAAAGGCUGUUCUUCCAUGCACCACAAUGGGGAAUCCAAAACCUUCUGUUUCAUGGAUCAAAGGAGAAACAGUUGUAAAGGAGAAUGCUCGCAUUGCUGUCCUUGAUUCAGGGAAUUUAAGGAUCCACAAUGUUCAGAGAGAAGAUGCAGGACAAUAUCGAUGUGUUGCCAAGAACAGCCUGGGCACAGCCUAUUCGAAACCCGCAACUGUGGUAGUGGAAGUUUUUGCUAGAAUCCUGAAGGCUCCUGAAUCCCAAAAUGUCACCUUUGGGUCUGUGGUGACGUUGCGGUGUGCUGCUACCGGCCUUCCAGUCCCCACUGUCACCUGGCUGGAAAAUGGGAAAGCUGUUUCUGCAGGGUCUAUAGCGGAAAGUGUCAAGGACAGAGUGGUUGACUCGAGACUGCAGGUGUAUGUCACCCGACCUGGCCUGUUCACUUGCCUUGCCACAAACAAACACAGCAAAACUUUUGGAGCUGCAAAAGCCGCAGCAACCAUCAGCGUUUCAGAGUGGAGCAAGCUGUACAAGGGUGAUGCAGGCUACUGCAGCACAUACAGAGGUGAGGUGUGUAGUGCUAUCUUGGCGAAGAAUGCUCUUGUUUUCUUCAACUCCUCCUAUGCUGACCCAGAGGAGACCCAAGAGCUGCUUGUGCACACUGCCUGGACUGAACUGAAAAUGGUGAGUUCAUUCUGCCAGCCGGCUGCUGAGUCUCUGCUGUGUAACUACAUCUUCCAGGAGUGCAAUCCCUCGGGAGCUGGGCCAGCUGCAAAACCAGUGUGCAGAGAGAAUUGCCUUGCUGUAAAGGAUCUCUACUGCUUUAAGGAAUGGCUCUCAAUGGAGGAAAACUCUCAGAAGGGGAUUUACAAGCCAGGGCUGAUGCUGCUCACACUUCCUGAAUGCAACAGGCUGCCCAGCCUGCACCAGGACCCCAGCGCCUGCACCCACAUCCCUUUUUUUGAUUUUAAGAAGGAGAAUAUAACCAGGACUUGCUACAGUGGCAAUGGCCAGUUUUACCAGGGCUGGGCCAACAUCACGGCCUCUGGCAUUCCCUGCCAGAAGUGGAGUGACCAGGCUCCCCAUUUGCACAGGAGGACUCCUCAGGUUUUUCCUGAGUUGUCUGAUGCUGAGAAUUACUGCCGCAAUCCAGGAGGUGAGAAUGAACGUCCCUGGUGCUACACAAAAGACCCAUCCGUGACCUGGGAAUACUGCAGCGUGUCUCCCUGUGGAGAUGCAUCAUUACCACUAGGAACAAGAAAACCAAAUGGAGAGACUCCACAUCUCCCCCCUCCUCCUCUUCCCUUUUCCCCUACAUACUCCAUGACUGUUAUCAUCUCAAUCAUCUCCAGCUUUGCCCUGGUUGUGAUCCUCGGCAUUGUCACCCUGGUUUGCUGCCGUCGGCGAAAGCAGUGGAAAAACAAAAAAAGAGAGUCAGAGACACCGACGCUCACCACUCUGCCCUCUGAACUCCUCCUGGACCGUCUGCACCCCAACCCAAUGUACCAGCGGAUGCCCCUUCUCCUCAAUCCAAAAUUGCUCAGCUUGGAGUAUCCCAGGAACAAUAUUGAAUACGUGAGAGAUAUUGGGGAAGGAGCAUUUGGGAGAGUCUUCCAAGCAAGGGCCCCAGGGCUGCUGCCAUAUGAGCCUUUCACAAUGGUGGCAGUGAAAAUGCUGAAGGAGGAAGCAUCCGCAGACAUGCAGGCUGACUUUCAGAGGGAGGCAGCCCUCAUGGCAGAGUUUGACAACCCGAAUAUUGUCAAGCUUUUAGGUGUGUGCGCUGUUGGGAAACCGAUGUGCCUGCUGUUCGAGUACAUGGCCUACGGGGAUCUCAACGAGUACCUGCGUGACCGCUCGCCCCGCAACCUCUGCAGCCUGGUGCACAGUAGCCUGGACCCACGGGUCCGCCUCCCCAACCCCAUGGCGCUGUGCUGCACCAGCCAGCUCUGCAUUGCCAAGCAGGUGGCUGCUGGCAUGGCGUACCUCUCUGAGCGCAAAUUUGUCCACCGGGAUUUGGCUACCAGGAACUGCCUGGUGGGGGAGAACAUGGUGGUCAAAAUCGCCGAUUUUGGUCUCUCGCGGAACAUGUAUUCAGCUGACUAUUACAAAGCGAAUGAGAACGAUGCCAUCCCCAUCCGCUGGAUGCCCCCUGAGUCCAUUUUCUACAACCGCUACACCACAGAGUCUGACGUGUGGGCCUACGGUGUGGUGCUGUGGGAGAUCUUCUCCUACGGCAUGCAGCCCUACUACGGGAUGGCUCAUGAGGAGGUCAUCUACUAUGUGAGGGAUGGGAACGUCCUCUCCUGCCCGGACAAUUGUCCCCUGGAGCUCUACAACCUGAUGCGCCUGUGCUGGAGCAAGCUGCCUGCUGACCGGCCAGGCUUCGCCAGCAUCCACCGCAUCUUGGAACGCAUGUACGAGAGGGCUGUGGCCACCCCGUCGGUCUGAGGGAUGGGCCCGGUGAUCCCCUGUGUCCACUUGUCCAGACUGACUCGGACAGGCCCAUGGUCUCCUGAAUGGCAGGUCCACGAGAAGCCCCGCUUUAGGGGGAGGAGAAACAGCUUGUUCCUCUGCCAGGCGAGAAGUUGGACUGCACCCCCCUACCGUGGGCUCUACCUCCCUGAGUGGGACUAUACCUCCCAAACGACAGGGCUGACCCCUGGCCACCAAGCCUGGACUCCUCGGGUUGGCAAGGGUGCUGGCUGUGCUAACUCAGUACCUAUAUUAGGCAUUUCCAGGAGCACAGAGUUCCCCAGGGAAAGCAAACCAACGUUUUGCUGGCAGCACUUCCCUUCCUAAAAGGUCCCUCCAUGUCCUUCUGCAUUUACACUCUUGGCUUUUACCAUUUUCCUCCCUUCCUCAUAUGUUUUCAAGUAUUAUUUAAAAAAAAAAAAAAAGAUUGCAGAAUUUAAUCUUUUGGGGGAUACUCUUUACUAUUUUCUUUUCACAUACUCACUUCCUUUUGUAGAAAAAGGAUGUUUCUGAAGCCAUAGGCCACUUUCUUUUUCCUUUUAACUUCCACACCCUCUUUGACGCUCAUGAACAUAAGAUUGACAGAGUCAAAACAGGAGCCUGCAGGACCACUGGCAGCUACCUGCAUCUCACGUUACAUGGACGGGCAAACUCUUGUCAAGCAUGGAGCCUUACGUUUUCAAAAGUGGGAAAUCUACAGUGAGGUUCAUUUGAUGUCUGUUAAGAUCUCACCCAAAAGCUUGCCUCAAGCAUUGCAGCCCAUCAUCUUUCCUGCCUUUUCCUGCAACAAAGCUGUUUGGUGCUAAGGGAGAAACUCAGCCCAAAGGGCUUGUCCUGCACCUGGUAGGUCUCCGAGGUGUGUUUAAUUGCCUCUGCCUGAAGUAUGGUCCUCCCUGUGCCAAAAGCAGGGAGAAACGCAGCCCCUCUUGCAGAAAUGUGGCAGGUUGUGUCACUUGUUUAUCUCCUUUUCCCUUCCAAUCUUUGCCUUCUGUUUCUGGUUUUCCCUUCCUGACAGCAGCUCCUAACUGCUGUAAGCCCCACUGCAACGUUUGCUAGCCACCUUUCCUUGUGCUGCAGUUUACAGGCACAGAAGGAAGGUGGGUGCCUGCCGUGAGUGGCCUUCAGAGACAACCUACCAGUUAGGAGAAGGUGGAAAAAGGGGGAGUUCACACUCUGCACAAGACAUGUUGCAGACUGUCCAUCUGCAGAGCAAAGAUAAGACUGCCUUGGUUACACAUGGUCCACAGUCCACCUCCAAACACCAAAUGUCGAUUCCCUGCUAAAAGUUCUCCAAAUUGUAAUGGAUACUUCCGUGCCAGAGAAAUUUUGUUCCUCUGAGGACAGGUUUAACCUUCUAUUUCUUUGGGCAAUGAGAAAUAAUUGUCCCAGAGCCUCAUUGCUGAUAUGAAAUAGAGCCAGAGGCAGGGAUGUGCAUUAUCCCUGCAAAGCAGGAGUGCCAGUGAGUGAGCGGUUGGUGUGGCUUCCAUAACUGGGACACACUGGUUAAGUCUAUCCAAGAAACAGCAGUGGAGAGCAGCCAUCUGUGGGGCUACCAGGAGUAGCCUUGGUUUCUGAAAGGUAAGCUUGAAAAGCUCUGCCAACCAUUACGAAGAACAAAACUGGAAAGUAUGUAACUUCCUCUGCUGUUUUCCUGUAAUGUGAGCUAAUCUCUGCUACAUCACAACCUUAUUUUUUUUUUAAAUAACCAUAGUUCAUUCUGGUUCUGGCCACAAGAGCAUAGUUUAGUGUUUUCAGACCACUGGUGUCAACUUCACUUGAAGCAAAGCACUUGCAACUGCCCAAGACAGUGGGAAAAAAGAGGAAACUCUGCUUGGGCUGCUAAACAUUAAAAUGCUUGGAUAUCUGCACAGUGAGCACAGAAUGACCAGUGCUGUCUUACUCAUUUAGCAGUCCUGACAUCAUGCUACUAUGAUGCAACAGUUUACUGAGGUUUGGAUGCUAAAAAAAAAAACCCUCAAGGACCCCAAGGCCCUCAAUAUAAAUAAAAUAAUUACUGGAGAUCCUUACAUAGCUCCUGUUACCACAUUAUGACCACCUCACAGUCCUCAGCAUUAAUUUCUGUUAGGUUUUGUCAGCUACCUGGCUGUCCUCCCUCCUCUGCAUUGGAAGGGGUGAGGAGGCAAGUCUGGAGGGGUGGGAGGUGAGCUGCAUCCCCAGCUGAGCAGUGCACAGCCCAGCAGCUGCUCCAUCUCUGUAAUGGAGGGUGCAAAUUCAAGAGCCUUGCAGUGCUUGCAGCAGCAGGGGUUUUGUCACUCUCUCUAAAGAGGGCAGCGUCAGACCUUGUAUGUGGGUAGCGGUGUGGUUCCAUGCACCCAGCACCUCCUCCUAAUCUGGGAAGUGUCUUACACCAAGCAGAGGGUGCAAGAGCAGGUUGUAAAACCUGCACCAUAUGCUAAAAUACACCCAUUUACAGUCCAAAGGACAGUCUGCCUUUCUGCCUUCCAGGAUCCCAGAGCUGGCUUCAGUCACUCACUCUCCAUUUCCACCAGCUAGAUUGCUUUGAAACUGUGAUCAUGGUUUUCUUCUUGUUUUCAUGUUGGAUGAAGUUAGAUGCCUGUAAUGUCAUGUGCUAUGAAGUUUCCCUCACUUUCUUUAUGAAAUAAGGACUCCCACAAACUCAGAAGAGUAGCCCUUUCAUUGCACUUUCCUAGCCCAAUUCCUUCUCUCAGUGACCGCCAUGUUCAGGUCAACAUGGGUCUGCAGUUAUAAAACAGUGGAAAAUUUGGUUUUCCUUGUCCAGCAUUCCAGCCUUUGCACUAUAAGCAUACACUGAAAUCUGCAGGUGGGGAUGGAAAAUGCUUCCUGCAUUGUAAGAGGAAAGAGAUCAUUUCAAGAUUGACUCACAGGGAAGCUCUCGGCAGCAUGUUCCCCAAGGAUGAUAAUUGCUUCUGCAUUGCCAUCCAGCAGGAGGGCUUAGCACCUAAAUGGUGAUGUCCUUUGAGGCUUAAAAGGCAGACAGACCUUCUGCUGCCUUGGUGUGUAGAUGGAUUUUACCCUGAGAGUUUCCUCCUGUUGUACACUUUUCAGCUUGCUAAAAGCUGGAAGUUGAAUUGCUUUCGCAAUUUACCUUCUUUCACAGCUUUCCUUUCUCCUCCUUUUGUUUGAGACUUCUGCUUUCUUCAAUGUAUGUUAUACAGUGUGCUACUCCAGAGACUUCUAAACUUUCUGUAUAACUAUCAUGGAACUCAAAUUAUUUUGAAUGGGAGUAAACAAAGGGAUUGUGAGAGAGUAGAGGAGAAAGAAAAAUUUGUUACUCAAAAAAUUGUUUGCAAACAAAAAUAUUUUUCAGUCUCUAGUUUGGAUUUAUAACUCAUGCGGAGAGAAGAUGAACCAAAAAUUAACAUUUUUGGUGCUUUGGUUCCCGUUGCCACUGAUGGCAGAGGGAGCCUUGCAGUCAGUGGCACCGGAUGAGAAUCCUGAGAAGAGGAUUUGCAGCACAUUUGAUGUACCCAUUCCCUCUGCAAGUGCCCUGCCUAGACCAUUUGCAGCAUGUAUACAGCUUUAUCCCGGAUGACAUAUUGUGAAAUCUGAUCAACGAAACGGCACAGAAAUCCUCUCAUGUUCCUGUGACUCUAUUUAGCAGUUGUAUUUAAAUUAUUAAAAUGCAUGUUAAAAGCAUAAAUUCUGUAAUUGAUUGGACACAGCCUGCAACAUGAUGAAAUUUGGUUUAGAGCAAUUGCCUCUCAAACACACUGUGGACUAAAUUUAACUGUCUGGUCUCAUUUCUCCAAGGGUGUAUAAUAAUUAUUAACCUGUGAUUGUUUGUUAUACAUUUCUUGAAUGAUGGCUUUGAAAGACAUCCCAAGCAGAGAUGUUCAUUUCUCAUUAUCCCAACCCAUGUAACUCAUGUGUGCAAUAUUUUAUA